AUGUCGCAUGCCAACCUGUUCAAAGCCGCCCGCCCAGUAUGGCGAGCUUCAACUGCAAUCCCCAAGGCCGCUAUCAGGCCCUUCUCAGUGUCUCCUCGACUUGAGACUCCUCCGAUUCUAUUGGAAGAUAAAGACAAAGGCUUUGGAUUUAUUCGUCACAACAGCCGUCCACCAAAGCCGAGGUCUGUUGGAGUUACUGAGAUUCGGGGACCAUAUUAUUCGGUGAUGGGGAAGCGGUAUCUGCAGGAUGUCCUUGAGACGAUGGGUCAUCAUGUCGAUGGUCUCAAGUUUGCGGGUGGUUCGUUCUCCCUGUUCCCAGAGGACAAGCUUAAAGAGCUCAUCAAUCUUGCCCAUGAGUACAAUGUCUACGUCUCUACUGGCGGAUGGAUGGAACACGUCCUUCUCCAAUCUGACACUGUCUGGGCCGUAGACCAAUAUCUCAAAAAGUGCAAACAACUCGGCUUCGACGUGAUCGAAAUCUCAUCAGGCUUCCUCUCCAUCCCCCAAGACGACUGGCUCCGCAUCGUCGACAAAGUCCACUCCGCCGGUCUGAUCGCCAAACCCGAAUGCGGCAUUCAAUUCGGCGCUGGCGGCGACACAGAAGCUUCUGAGCUCUCAUCACUCGGAACAUCUGAUCCCUCCAAGCUAAUCCACAUGGGGAAGCGAUUCAUCGACGCUGGUGUAGAGCGUAUCAUGAUUGAGAGCGAGGGCAUCACAGAGAAUGUCAAGAGUUGGAGGACGGAUGUUAUUCAGCAGAUUUUGAGGGAGCUGCCGCAGGAGAAAGUCAUGUUUGAGGCGGCGGAUCCAAAGGUGUUCAAUUGGUAUGUCAGAGAGUUUGGGACUGAUGUUAAUUUGUUUGUGGACCAUUCGCAGAUUGUGCAGCUGUCGUGUUUGAGGGAGGGAAUUUGGGGACAAUCCGAUACGUUUGGAUCAGUGGUUAAUUACAGGCCGUAA